ACAUGAUUUUUAAAAGCAUUGUUCUAUUACUAUUUAUUAAUUCAUUUGUAUUGUCAGACAAGUAUUAUUUGUUAGAGUGUUUUUAUAAUAGGUAUAUGAUGUACUAUUUUACCAUGCAUAAUCUUAAUUUUCAAAACAUUUUUAAAGAAUCCAAUAAUAUUACUUUUGAUAAACUAAAAGAGUAUAGCGAUGAAUUAAAAACUCAAGGAAACAUCGUUAUAGCUAUGCUCGAGGAACUGAAACGCAAAAACCGAGUUAUUAUCUAUCCUUCAACAUUGAUGUCGAUGAAUUUAUACUUGAACAAUGUAUUUGAAACAUUAAUGGUAAGAACAUUUCUUAAGCCACAUGAAAAUUAUAAACAACCAAUGUCACACGAAUAUAACAACAAAAACAAUAUUUUUAAAAUUCAAUUUGAGAAAUUUAACACUGAAAUCAAUGAAGAUAUUUUGAAUAAAUGCUAUCGAAAUGAUAUGUGCAAGCAAAUACACAAAAUUGUAUCUCACAUUAGUUAUAACAGAAAUCAAGGUCUUGAUAAAAAAUUAAUGACUCGCGAUGAUUUUGAAACUUAUACCAAAGAACUUGAAGACUACAAUGAUUUGCUACCUGAGAAGUCGGAUUUCAUUUAUAAUGGUAAGUACGACACAUUAGAGUUCCUCGAAGACGUGCAACAAUUAGAAGACAGUAACGUUACCAUAAAACAUUUAUUGGGCGCAGGCCGCGCAGCAAAUACAAAUUUUAAAACUUCUGUUUUCCAUCCUAAUAAAAUGUUAUUCAACGAUCUUCUAUCCCGUGAGAAAUACACGGAUGGGGUAUUGGAGUUGACAUUUGAAUACGAUACCGAUAUCAAUUUAUUACGUGACGUCACUAUUAAUGAACAACUGGCGGACGGACAGUAUGCAAAUAUUAUGGUAUUAUUUGAGAUGAUUAAACGUACCUUAAACGUGGAUUAUAUCGAAUCGUUUCAGCGGCAAGUAUUGGCGGCAUCGGUCUACCCCGUUCUCGCUUGUGUCGGUUCGUACCUGUCGUUGGUUACACAAAUAUUUUAUUCAGGGCAAAAUAAAUACGGUGACGUGGUUACCAGAGCUGUAGCACACGGGGAAGAAAUUGAUAAAAGUGGCAAAAUAAUUCUGGAAUUACUAAGAUCGUUCAUUAAGUUAAACUUGCUACCAGAGAAAGUGCUAACACAUUUAACAUUUACUGCAGAAGAGCUAGAAGAUUUAAUCGAUUUUAAAGAUAAAAAGCUUCUACAAACUAGGCACCCCAAGUGGAUCGUCACAAUAUACAGACGCUGCUCACGCCCUAUGACGUUAAAUUAUUUGUUAUUUCCACAAAUUGAUGCGCCAUCCAUGAAUAUGAACAGCGCAGAAAAUGUUAACGAUAUGAUAACUACGUUAAACACUAACAUAGAAAAAGUCAACAAAUAUAGAGAAGCUUUAGAAAAAAAAUACAUAAAAGAUUUUCAAAAUGUAGUUAACGGAAAUCCAUUAUUUUCUUACAAUCGUAUGUUUGUGGAUAAAAUGAACUUCAACAUUGUAAAAAUUUACAAAGAUGAUUACAACAAAAUCAUGAAUGAAACCAAGAUUAAGAGUCAAAACACACCGAAUUUUAUGAACGAUUAAAUUGUAUUUAAAAAUAUUUUUACUAAAAUAAAGUAUCU